AAUAAUUAAAAUGAAUGAAUGGUUUCAUUGUAAUAAAUGUUUCUUAGUUGGCACCAAUGAUUCUCAAUUUUGGUUUACAUCCUGUGGGCACAUAAUUUGUGCAGAGUGCAAGAAGAAUGGGAAUUUAUUGCUUGGGCAAAAAGGGAUUUGUGUUGUUUGUUCAAAACAAGAAACUUCAAUUAUGAUGGUUAACAAAAAUAUGAAGCCAGAUUUAAUUCAUCUUUUUCGACCACCAAAAGAUCUUUUAAUUGAAUUUACUUCAAAAAUUAAGACGACAGUGGAAUUUCAAAAUGCCCAUCGUCAACGUUUCUUUAAGCAUAUUCGUGAAAAGCACAACAAAGCGGCAAAAAUAGCAAAAGCUGCUCAUGUGGAAAUCACCAAACGUGUUGAACGCGAAAAGAAUCUUUUGGCUGAGAGAAAUCAAGUAAGGAUGGAAUUGGAUAGCACAAAGUAUUACGUCAGGCAAUUGGAAAAAGUUUUGGCAGAUCGUGAUCAGGAAAUUCAUCGUCUUAAACGAAAAAGUCCAAGUUUUGUCAAAAGAACCAGUCCGCAUUUAAAAGGUCGAGCAGGUUAUCCAAGUUUGAAUGGAAACACACCGCUAUCCAGAGUUUCUUUCUUUGGAUGUACAACAAGCACUCCAAAUGACUUUGCGAAUAUUGCUGCUGGUUGUCUUGACAAUAGAAGGAGGAAUAAUGUGGGUGGAAAUGCUGGAACUGCUGGGGAAUUCGAUUUUUUGUCACAGCAAAGAGCGAUGGAAGAGGUUGUGGCUGGAGGGCCUUCUUUUAUUCCAAACACUCCUGCACUUUUGGGUUUACCAGCUGACACGAGUAAUGACAACAAUGAUGAUCAGACAAACAAAGACUUAGACGAAGAACAGCCUUCACCUGAUUUGGAGGCCAAUGAACUCACAUUAUUUACUGAUUCUUCUCCGAUGCAGUUUAAAGUUCCUGAAAAUUUGCCAGACGUGCCAAUUAUUGCAAUUAAUCGAUAUCCUUUCUUUCCUGGAUUUAUUAAAAAAGUGGAUUUGAAACAAAAUGAGGCUUUGAUGAAUUUGAUUAAAUCUAAGGCUAGACAGAAGUUACCUUAUGUUGGUUUAUUUGUUAAGAAAAAUCCAGAUGAUAAAUCUGAAGCCGUUCCUUCAAUAAGCCAUUUAUAUACUGUCGGAACUUUUGCUCAUAUUUUUGAAAUGCGUGACCACGAAGGUCGAAUGCUGGAAAUGAUAUUAAAUUCACAUAGAAGAAUUCGAAUACUUCAACCACUUGAACCUACAAUUGACUUUCCAAAGGGAAAUGGAAGACGAAAAUUAAGUGGAAAUAGAAAAGCUAAUUUAAAAACAAAAAAAGAAGAAAUACAACCUGAAGAACAGCCACAAGAGCAACAAAUAGAUCAACCGCCAGAAGAAAAGUUAAUAAUUUAUGCACGUACAGAAAAUAUUGUGGAUAAUGUUCCUACACAAAUAUCUAUUGAAAUUACGGUAAAAAUGCAGGCAAUUGUUUCCAUUAUUCGAGAAAUUAUUCGUGACAAUAAUAUGAUGGCACAGCAUGUUGCUUUACUUUUACAGCCAGAGCAUAGCAUUGUAGACAAUCCUGUUUAUUUGUGCGACUUUGUUGGUACAAUUGCUCAAAAUGCUGAAACAGAAGAAUUGCAGGCAGUUAUGGAAGAAAUUAAUAUAAUGAGAAGACUUGAUUUGGCAUUGGAAUUGUUAGAAAAGGAAAGGGCAAGAGUAAAAAUGUUAAAAAGUAUAAGAGAAUCUGUUGAGAAAAAAGUUCAAGAACAAAAUCAUAAAUAUUUACUUAAUGAACAGUUAAAAGCAAUAAAAAGAGAAUUGGGAAUUGAAAAAGAAGAUAAACAAGCAGUUCUUGAAAGAUUAGAUGAACGUUUGGCUAAUUUAAAUGUUCCUGAAUAUGCAAUGAAAGUAAUAAAAGAGGAACAAACAAAACUUUCUUUUUUGGAUCCACAUAGCAGUGAAUUUAGUAUUUCAAGAAAUUAUCUGGACUGGUUAACAUCAAUUCCUUGGGGUAAAACUUCUGAAGAAGUAACUGAUGUUAAUCGAGCUCAAAAAAUUUUGGAAGAAGAUCAUUAUGGAAUGAAAGAUAUCAAAGAAAGAAUAUUGGAAUUUAUAGCUGUUGGAAUUUUAAAGAAACAAACAAAUGGAAAGAUUUUGUGUUUUUAUGGCCCUCCAGGUGUUGGAAAAACAAGUAUUGCAAAAUCAAUCGCCAGAGCAUUAAAUAGAGAAUAUUACCGAUUUUCUGUUGGUGGGAUGACUGAUGUUGCAGAAAUUAAAGGCCAUAGACGUACUUAUAUUGGGGCAAUGCCUGGAAAAACAAUUCAAUGUUUUAAAAAAGUACAGGCAGAAAAUCCACUUAUUUUAAUUGACGAAAUUGAUAAAAUUGGAGGAGCAGGUUAUCAUGGAGAUCCAGCUUCAGCUUUACUUGAAGUUUUAGACCCUGAACAAAAUUCUAAUUUUCUCGAUCAUUUUAUUGAUGUUCCAGUUGACCUUUCCAAAGUUUUAUUUAUUUGUACGGCAAAUGAAACAGAUAGAAUACCUGGCCCAGUUAAAGAUAGGAUGGAAAUGAUUGAAGUUUCUGGUUAUGUUGCAGAAGAAAAAAUAGAAAUUGCAAAGAAUUUUCUUGUGCCAAAAUGUCGGGAGAAAUGUGCUCUGACUGAAGAAAAUUUAAUUAUAACUAAUGAAGCUAUAAAUACAUUGAUUCGUUCAUAUUGCCGCGAGUCUGGAGUUCGAAAUUUGGAGAAACAUUUGGAAAAGAUUUUCCGAAAAGCGGCAUUCCGUAUUGUUAGCAAUGAGGAAAAUAAAAAUGAGAAAAUUAUUGUUGACAAUUCUAAUCUUAAAGAAUUUGUUGGACGGGAGAAAUUCACGAGUGAACGACUUUAUGAUGUUACACCACCAGGAGUUAUUAUGGGGUUAGCUUGGACAGCUAUGGCCUCUUUGGCGAGAAAACUCCGUCCAUGGGAUGCUCAUCAAAUUGUCAACACUAACGUGACAACAAAUUCCCCAUCAUCACCACCUCAAGGUAGUUUGGAAGCAACUGGACAUUUGGGUGACGUUAUGAAAGAAUCAAUGCGAACAGCAUACACGGUAGCAAAGAAUGUUUUGGGAAGGAGAGAUCCAAACAAUGAGUUCUUAGAACAGGCUCAUAUUCAUGUUCACGUUCCUGAGGGUGCAGUACCGAAAGACGGUCCUUCUGCUGGUUGUACAAUUACUAGUGCACUUCUCUCUUUGGCAACUGGAAAGCCCGCAGUUCAAGGCAUUUCAAUGACAGGAGAGAUUUCUCUGACUGGAAAAGUACUACCUGUUGGUGGAAUCAAAGAGAAGAUAAUUGCUGCAAAAAGGGCGGGUGUUAAUUGUGUUGUGCUCCCAGAGGAAAACAAAAAGGAUUAUGAAGAUUUGGCAGAUUUUAUCAAGAAAGACGUUGAAAUUCAUUUCGUUGAUCACUAUGACCAAGUUUUUGAUCUGAUAUUCCCUAAUUUUGUGCCGACUACAAAUUCAAGUUAA